AUGCCAACAUAUAACAACCAAUCUGUAAAACAAAAUGCAAUUUCAAAUGCCCUUAAAGAACUAAAUGAAACUACUUUAAGACGUGUCAUUAAAAAUAGUGGCCCUCCUGGUUGUCCAGGCCCUGCCAAAGUUUUAACUGAUUAUGAAGAACAGCAACUUAUAUUGUUCACCAAAAUAAUAGAUCUUACUCCUUUAAAGAAAGUGGACCAGGUUUCACAAGGAAAGUCUCAAGAACAUAUUUCAGUAUGUCCAACAAUCUCAGCAGCCAGAACGUAUAUAUCACUAUUAAUUAUCUACAAAGGAAAGUGCAUGAUUCCUGGUCUCUUGAAUGGUGCACUUGCAGGUUCUGUUAUGGGAUUCACAGAUAGCAGAUAUAUGAAAGAAUGCCUUUUUCAAAAAUAUAUUAAACAUUUCAUUCGUUCAAUUCCACCUACCCGUCCUGUUUUAUUAAUUCUUGACAGUCAUAAAAGUCAUGUUAGUUAUGCUUGUGUUAACCUUUGCUUCAACAACAACAUUCUUCUCUAUGCGCUCCCACCCCAUACAACCCAUAUACUUCAACCUGCAGAAAUUCCUUUUGCUCAUCUCAAACAAGCUUACAGUAAAAGCUGUGAACAGCUUUGCUUCAAUAAUAAUGGCGAAUUAGUUACCAAACAUACUUUUGCUAAGGUUCUUGGUCCGGUUUACAUUAAAACUUACACACCUAUAGCUAUUUGCAAUGCUUUCAAAGCAACUGGAAUCUGGCCAUUUAACCCAAAUGCAAUUAGUCCUGACCACCUUGAUCCUUCUCUAGCAACAGAACAGUUUGAUGUUUCAGCAAUGCAACCUUCUACACCAAUUCUGUAUCUGCAACCUUCUACAUCAACUUCUUUACCUUCACAAGCUUUUUCUAAUCUAGAUCCAAAUCUUAUCCUUACUUAUACUAAGAAAAGAUUAUUAAAGGCUGAGAUUAAAUUGCUUAAUCUUAGAAUUGAUCAGUUGGAAGCAGAGUUAAAAGUGACAAAAGAUGAACUAGAAACUUUUAAAAACCCUAACAUCUUCCUAUUACGUUUAGUGCUUAAGUAUUCUCUUCCUCAUACUCUACAAUCAGUUAAAGAUCCAGUUCAAGCCCUAUUAAAAAAUGUGGAAGAGGAAGCUGAAAGAAAAGCCAAUAAGAUCAAGCAAAAAAAAGAGGCUGCUGUGCAAAAACGAAUUGCUAGGGUUCAAAAGAAGGAAGAAUUAGACCAUGAAAAAGCAGAAAGACAACGUAUUAGAGGGGAAAAGAAAAAAAAUUAG